AAUACAUACAACUUCGCUUCGGGUCGAAACGACAUUGAAAUAGAGCUUGCGACGUUAUUAACUCAAGUAACUGAAUCAGUAUUGUUUAUAUACAACAGCUGAUUUUAAUUUUGACGUUUGUUGUUCGUUGUAGAGUAGUUUUGUAUGAUUAAGUUUAACCAUACUUCCUAAUUAUAAAUUUUAUAUUAAAAUUCGAGUGAUUUAACCUGGAAAUUGUUGGGAAAAGUCGAUAUGUCUGUUAUCAAAGUGGUGAGAACGGUUGGGCCUAAAUUGGUGCCAUUUUUUAAAACCGUUGCUAUAUAUUUCGUAAUAUUCAUUCCACAAGAUAAACCUUCGUUUUUCAGUUUAAUAUUAAAAUGUCUGCCGAUAAUCAGUCUGAUGUUGUUCGUUUUACUUAACGGAAUGAGCUUGGGAGAUGAAUACAGAUAUUCCCGAAGAAUUCUUACCGGGUUGAUAUUCUGUUGUAUUGGAGAUGCUCUUUUAAUAUGGAAUCAAUAUUUUGAUUUAGGAAUGUUGGCUUUUAUAAUAGGACACCUUCAAUACAUACUAGCUUUCGGUUUCAAACCAUUACAAAUACCUUUAGCUAUAGUUUUGUAUACUUUAGGCACUAUGGUUGUACUUUAUCUACUGCCAGAUUUACACGGUGUGAUCACAUUCGGUGUUCCUAUUUAUAUUUUUGUAAUAACGAUGAUGUUAUGGAGGGCUAUUGCUAGAGUACAAUUUUUUGAGGAUUUAUGGACGUGGAGCAAACUUUGUUCUUGUGCUGGUAGCAUCUUGUUUGCUUUUUCCGAUUUACUCAUCGGUAUCGACAGAUUUAAAUUCAAAAUUGAUCAUAUACAGGCAUUGGUAAUGUCCACGUACUACGCUGGACAAUUUGGUAUAGCGGUAAGCGUAGUAGAUGCUACGGCUUCGUUAAACGUAAACAAAAACAAGAAAAAAUCAACGUAGAUAAUAAGAAAUAAAAAUUGAAAAAUAGCUCAAAUGUAGGCCAAAAUUUAAUCUAUAUUUAUGAAAAAAAAUACAUAUGAAUCCCAAGUAGAUUUCGGAUCUGAAUUAUAUUUGUUGUUAUUUAUAUUUUCUACAUUUUUGUAGUUCAAGUGUAUAUUUGAUUUUUUUUUCAAAAUUAUAACAAUAUUUUUCCAAAAAACGUAUCUUCCACUUUUGUAAUUAUAGAUUUUAAUUGUUUAUAAGCACUUUUUACCCCUAUUUACUAUCUCAAUUGGUUCCUAUAAAUAUCGAAAUAACAAGAAUUAACUUUGUAUAUAGGGUGAUUCAUAAUUUUGGAGAUGUAAAAGAAAGUUGAGGUUAUUUUAUUAUAACAAAGUUUCUUAAAACUUUUUCAAUCUAAAAAUGAAAAAAAAAAUGAAGUAUGUCUCAAAUUUUAACAAUUAUGCGUCGAUAUCUUUCGUAUACACUUUCAUACAUAAAAAUAAUUCCUUGUAGUAUUUCCUAUUGCAUAUUAAAUUUACUAUUCCUUUAUUAUAGUGAAGCAUUUGAUUUUGUUUACGAAAUUGAUGAUUAAUAUAUAUUAUCCAAUACCUUUAUCUUCCAACAAAGAAACAUUUUUAUUAAAACAGAAUCUUAAAAUUCAUAUCUGAUAAGAACUUCUGUAAACAUUCAAAUUUCGCGCCGUUAGUAAAAUUUCAUUUCAUUGUCAUGAAAUUAGUAGUUGUACUUUACACAUCUAGGUGGCGCCAAUUUAGUUAGAACUAAUAAUGUCGUGAACCAUCUAAAUAUAGAUAAUCUCUGGCACUUCAUUUUUAUGUCAUUUGUCAUAAUAAUAUGAGAAUUUAAUAGAAAAUAUGUUUCUAAAAAUUACGUAGAUUACAGUUUUUAAUUAUUAAUGUGUAUUGUUUGUGUAUGUGCCUUUUCAUAUCAUCAAAGUAAAGUCUUCUUAAUGUUUUUAUUAUUCUUGAAGCUUUUCAUUAAAUAAUAUUUUAGAGUUUAGUAUUAUAAAAUUAAUAUAAAUAUAUACAUCCUUAGAAUAUAAACAUCUACUGUUGAUUAUAUUUUCCAAUUCGUCAAAAAUAUAAUAAUAAACAAUUGUGAAACCUGUUAUUACAAUAUUUAGAUUUAAAAAUUGUUUCGUCAUUUUAUUUACGUUUUAUAAUGAAUUCAAUAAUAAUUACGAAAUUAUUUUUUUAAUUAUAUGAGACGAUUUGAUUUAGAUGUUAAGUUUCAACAGAUUUUAAUCACAUAUUUUGAAUGUUUCUUUAUCGCGAUUUUAGAUUUUACUAGAACAUGAAAAAUAAAAGGGUAAACAGACGAUGAUGUUCCUCCAUGUUUUAUAUUGUCUGUAAAUUUUGAAAUGUUCAAAAUUUAGUGCUCAAAAAGAAAGAUCUGUUUACUUUAGUAUUAUUCAAAAUAACAGUAUAUUUAUGUUUUGAUUUAAUUCAAAUUGAUUCCCGAGGAUAUUUUACUUCUGUAUUAAUUUUACUUUCAAUUUGUAUUAUUUUAUUAACGAAAAUAUUGUUUUGUUUUUGAAACCCAAUUUAUACAUAUUAGACUGCACUAAAAUAGACUUUUUGUAUCUGUGAUUAAAUAUUUCCCUAUUUGUAAGAAAUAAAUAAAGGUGUAGCAAGUUAAAUUGUUGUUUUAUUGCUUAAAUGUACAUAUAUUGCAAUUAACUUUGUUAAUAUGUACCAUUAUUUAAAAAGUCACUGGUUUUUCUAAAUAUCUAACAUCUUAAAAUUGACCAACACGGAUUUCAACCUCUUCCAAGUUAAUUCUAAAUAAUUAUUAUAAUGAUGUGGACAGGAUUUAUCAUAUAUAGAGUGAAUAUGGUUGUAAAGUGUCAAGUAACAACAAACUCUUAAUGAUUGCCAUAAUAUGCGUUUUUAUAUACUGGGAUAAGUUGAUCACUGUCAAAAAGCAACAUCUGCAGUCCAAAUGACCUCAAGACUGUAUGAAUUCAUGCUCUUCGCUGUAAAAAGCUUCAAAUUUAACCGUCUUUAUCGAAUCAUCAGAUCAAACAAUUUAAAAAUAUUGGGUGGCAAAAAAAUGGGAAUGUAUCUACAAUCACUCUUAUUUUUUGGUCUAAUUUGACGGGACUAAUAAAAAUUUAAUUGGAUCAGCUCACAAUUAAAAUCGGUUAAUUAAACAAAAUAAAACUAAAAUAGAGAAAUAAAAAUAGAUUUCUUUAUUCACAAAUAAUCCAGGUCAAUAUUUACAUCGAAAACAUUAUAAAUUUCUGUGUUUUGUAAUGUACAAAAUCCUGCAUCUUUGAAACUGUUUUUUCAACCAAAUAUGUUUUUUUCUAAUUAAAUAUUAUACCUUAUGUCCAAAAAAAGCAUCGUAAACAAUAAAUAGAAAAUAAUUGGAAGCUGUAUUAUUUUAAAAUAAGUUAAAAUGUCAUAUUCGGAAAAAAACGGCGUCAGGCUUUUUUUUUAAUAUUAGAGGGUUAAAAAUAUGCUUUUACUGUACAUAAUUUGCUUUUCCAAUCAAAACCGCGUGUCUAAAAUUAAUUUUCAACUCUUAAUAUACACAAAUCAGAUAAUUUGAGAUCAAAUUGUUUUUAUUUCCUCAAUUUAAAGGAAAAAAACGCUAAUGUACAAAGGAAAAUGUAUUGUGAGGACAAAACAAAAAACAUUCCCGCUAAAACUUAAUCAUCUACUAAAUAGGACAAAACAAAAUAAUUAUUCUACAUAAAAUUUUGGUUAUAAUGAAAACAAAUUCAAGAUUAUUAAAAACAUGUUAGGUUUUAACGGUUAAUAACUUCAAAUUCACAAGUAUUUAUAAAAAUAUGAAAAGAAAAAUAGUAAAUACAAUCAUUUCGUUCCUUACAACACACUCGUAACUUUUCGUUACAAAACAUUUUAAACAAAUAAAGUCGACAACGGAUCACGUACAUAAGACGUAACUUCAAAUAUGUCAAAUAAAUUGAACAGGAAAUAAUUUUCAGAAAAAUAUUUCACGUCACAGGUAACUAAGAAUUCGGCGAAGGCGCCGUCUUUGUUGAAAUACUCGGAAUUCGUUCGAUCUUUGUUUUUAUAUCAGGUGGUUUAUUUACAUUGUUUCUUAUAGUUUUUUGUUUAGUUUAGUUUAUAAUAAAUAUUCAUAGUGAAAUAGACAAGUAUUCAAAGAAUUUAAAUAAAUUAGUUAAGUGAUAGUGGAAAGUGAAUUAUAUUAAUUAGUUAAGUGUAGUGUUUAAAUAAAUUGAGAACAUAAGAGACAGUAUUCACCUUAAGAAUAUAAAGAGUGUUCAUGAAUACGAAAAGCAUUACGAUAUAAUAUUUUUUAGUAAUUUUCAAUUAUUUAC